UGGUGACGUCCCCGCCGACGCCGCCAUGACGGGCAGCCCCUGACCCCUGACCUUUGACCCCGCGCGGCCUACUUGGCCAUGGCCGACCCCGAGCCGCGCUCGCCGCGGGGCUCCAUCGAGGAUGAUUUCAACUACGGCAGCAGCGUGGCCUCGGCCGCUGUCCACAUCCGAAUGGCUUUUCUGCGGAAAGUCUACAGCAUCCUGUCUCUUCAGAUCCUCUUGACUACAGUGACGGCGGCGGUUUUCCUGUACUCGGAAGCAGUGCGGACGUUUGUUCACCAAAGCCCUGCCUUGAUUUUGGUUUCUGUCCUCGGAUCUUUUGGCUUGAUUAUUGCCCUGACUUUUUACCGACAUAAACACCCCACUAACUUAUACCUGCUGUUUGGAUUUACCCUUCUGGAAGCUCUGACGGUAGCUGUGACAGUAACUUUCUAUGAGGUACAUGUUGUCUUACAAGCGUUCAUGCUGACUGCAGCAGUAUUUCUUGGAUUGACUGCUUACACUCUACAGUCAAAAAGAGACUUCAGCAAAUUCGGAGCAGGCCUCUUUGCUUUCUUGUGGAUUUUGCUCCUGUCAGGAUUUUUGAGGUUAUUUUUCUAUAGUGAGACAGUGGAGCUGAUCUUUGCUGCACUAGGGGCUCUCCUUUUCUGUGGAUUCAUCAUCUACGACACUCACUCACUGAUGCAUAAACUCUCUCCCGAAGAGUACAUACUGGCUUCAAUCAACCUUUACUUGGAUAUCAUCAAUCUGUUCCUCCACCUGCUGCGGGUACUAGAAGCAAUGAAUAAAAAAUGAUGGAAACAUCGCACGAAUUAGAAACUCUGGGAGGCAACUGAUUAAAUAACCUUGGCUGCGCUGAUCAAUGAGGGUGACGUCUAAGAUUUGGAGAUUAAAAGCUAAAUCCAGCACUA